GAGCGCCUGACAACAUUCAUCGGCAACGUUCACAUCCUUGCGCGCCACACCACCUUCUUUCUCAAGUACUACCUUGGUGAGGUUUUGAGCUGAUCAUCCUCUACGCGAUUUCCCGGACAUCACUGACAAGCACAUCAGUGUGAUGUUUGAGCUGCUCAACAAUCCAGGCUACAACGGCAAUCCGGUCAUCGCGCAAGAGUUGCGUCCAUGGGUUCAAGACUACUGUGAUGUUCACGGAUUCGCCCCCAUACGCAUGCGAAAUUGCCAACAGACGGCAGCAUACACGGCUCAGAGCAUCCUCACAAACCUCAAAGUCAACGUACAAGAGCAUUUCAUGCAAAUGCUUCUGCGCUACAUCAACGAAAGGAUUGGUUUGAAGCAAGUCGCACUGCAUCUCCGGAGAGCCAGAGUCAACCGAGCGCAGCGGAGACAGUAUUAUCAGCGGGUCCGUCACUUUACAAAAUUUGCGACGUUUGAAGAGUUUCCAACCGAAGAGGACUUUGCGCGCCUCACACGACUUGAACGGACUGUCCUUGACGAGUCAUGGGCUCUGUUUCCUGCCCAGGAUGAGCCGCUUGCAUACAGCCUUGCGGUGGACGCAAUGCCAUAUUUAGGUGCCCACUGUGAACUCUCGCGCCUCUAUGAGCGCCGUGGAAUGCGCCUGUUCUCCGCUAUCCCGCUGCGCAAAUCUCGAAUUCAGUCAUCUGUUUGGAUCGACACGCUGAUCCUAGGCACUCAUAUCCUGGAUGUUGGCCGACGUCGCAUGGGGAAACUCACUGAUGAACGCAAGCAGGAGCUGUGGGGGCAGUUUCUCAAUGUGAAUGUAAGUCUGUAUCCUUUGAUGAAGAGGCGCGCGAAGGUCGGGUGGAUGGCGAGACAGCCGGUGAGGAUGCAGUCGAUGUAGGAUUGCGGGAUCGGUGUGCACGGGGUCGGUGUGUGCGGGGCUGCCGGUCCCGUGCACGCGCUUGUGCG